GCGACUUCCGCAAGUGUCGGGAGAAUGGGAAAGUGGCUCAAGACGAAGGAGCCUACAAGUGAGAACGGAAGAGAUUCUAGAACAGAACUCGACUUUACUCUCCACUGCUCGUGAAUAGAUCGGGUUUCGGAAUUUUGAUCGAGAUACUGCGCAGCCGGCUGAUAACUCCUCGAUCAGUACAGCAGGCAGAAUGGCACAACCCAUAUUAGCGCGACUUUCGGGCUUUGCUGAGUACGUUGUGCUUCCCGGUGUGAUUCUCACUGCCUAUUAUUUGGCUCACGAUACUCGUCAGAAGAAGGAGCCCAAGCGCAAGUAGACGAACCGGCCGGGUUCUGUCUCAAAAUGGAGCUUGUGACGCCUUCUGUGCUCCAUGGAGUCCAUUUUCAUGGCAUGUCGCAAUGUUCUGUCCCGUGAUGGAUGGGUUCUUCGAUCAUCAGGUGGGUGAGCGUGUAUGCGGUUUUCUCUUACCCAAUGCAAUUACCACCGACAUUCUUUUACGAUUUGCCAGACAAGACAUGUACCGGACAAGCUAUGAGAUUCGUAAACUUUGUUCAGUUUGUGUCUCCGUAAAUUAUCAGUUAUAUUUUCCAAAGAAAGGGAUGCGGUAUGUAUUUGCUCAAUAAAACUUUUCCAGAUUUCACCUAAGACUC